AGUUUUGUGAGCCGAGGCCAGGAGGUGGGCCUGGGUGGGCCGGUGAGCAGGGAGCAGUAUGUACCAGAGGAGACAUGAGUCGGGACGGGGUCCUUGAGGGCAUCCCCCUUGACUUGUUUUCUCCCAGCUGUUUGUGGGGCAAGUUUAGGAAGCAGGAAGGAAGAGAGGCUGACCACGAUCGCAAAUUUGGCCUAGCGGCCUCUAAUCAAAAAAAUGAACUUGCUCUGUCUGGUGGAAGUUGUUCAUAGUGUUUGUGGGGACGAGAAUGCAAAGCGCUCAUACGCUGAGCUUUCAAAGUAGGAACUUCACCCUAUAAAGCAGAAGAGCGUUUUUUUUUUUUUUCAUCUUUUGUGGUUUCACAUAGCUUAAGUGUGACAAUCCCUACUUCUAGACCAAGUGAGAGGCCAGGCAUUGAGGAGUGAGUGUGGCCUGGAUUUCUGUCCCCUCUCCAUCAUCCCUUUUAUUUUACUCUUAUCGUGCUUUCCAGAAAGUGUGCCUGCUGGGAGAAUCGUUUUGACAGUUUCCCGUGUUGUCAGAUAGCUCCACAGAAUUCAGUUUCUUAGAACAGGCCAGAGGCAUGCAGUGACAUUGCAUAAUCCUCUUCUGAAGCCGGAGAUACCAGCCGGAGAGCUCACGGGAGCUGUUUCACAGCAGGAUGAAAGGAGCAGGCAUCAUGGAUGGUAUGCCCAAGACCCUCCUGGCCAGAGCGCUUUUUGACAACCACCCAGACUGCUCCUACGAGCUGGCUUUCUGCAGAGGAGACAUCUUGACCAUUCUGGAACAAAACGUGCCAGAAAGCGAGGGCUGGUGGAAGUGUUUGCUCCACGGGAGGCAAGGUCUGGCCCCUGCCAACCGCCUCCAAAUCCUCCCUGAGGCCCCCGCAGACAGGCCGUGUGCCCCUUUCCUGAGAGGCCUGGAAGAACCUCUUACCUGCUCCAAGGAGACCUACCAGGUGCCCACCUUGCUCAAGCCCCUGACUCCAGGCCCCGUGUACGAGGACAUGAGGAGCUGGGUGGAGGGGCCUCCACAAACCGCCACCCAAGUCUACGAAUUCCCUGACCCACCGGCGGGGGCCAGGAUCGUCUGUGAAAAGACUCUAAGCUUUCCGAAACAGGCCCUCUUCACGAUGCCCAGACCUGCUCGGGCCUCGUUGCCAACGCUGCCUUCUCAGGUGUACGAUGUGCCGGCCCAGAGCCGGGGCCCCCCAGCGCUGAGGGAGCCAGAGAAGAGGCAAUUAUAUGAUAUACCCCCCAGCCCCCAGAAGGCAGGACUGGGUCCCUCGGCCAGCCAACUGAGUGGACAGUGUGCGCCCCCGACAUCAGCGAUCGCUCCGAGGCGAGGUGGCUACAGCACAUUACCCAGUCCCCAGAAAUCAGAAUGGAUUUAUGACUCGCCAGUGUCUCCAGAAAAAGCCGAAGGCACAAAUGCAUCUCUGAGCAGCUUUGUAGAAGAGUCAGAGCCCCACCGUCCCCCAGGGCCCAUGUCCAGCUUCCAGAAUCCUCUGAACAGCAGAACAUGGUCCCACUAUCCGCACCUGCAUAAAAAUGUGCCCAUGCAGAAAAAACUCAGCCUCCCCGAAAUUCCUUCUUAUAAAGCCCUGGCACCCAGAGACACAUUUCCCUUGGAUGAGGGUGCUGGCUACAAGGUGCCUUCAAGCUUUCUGAUCCCCCGGGUGGAGCAGCAGAACACCAAGCCCAACAUCUACGACAUCCCUAAAGCGACACCGAGCGACCCUCAGGCGGUGAACGAGCCGGGGAGAGUCGGCGGGGCUCCGGAGAUCGCCGCGGACGGCAGCUCCUCCUGGUUCUCGGGUCGGGCCCCGUCGCUGUCUCCGGACCCGGACCGGCUCUCCGUCUCCAGCUCGGACAGCAGAGCCAGCGUGGUCUCUUCGUGCUCCUCCACGUCCACGGACUCCUCGUCUGGCUCCUGCUUGGAGGAGUCAGGAAAGGAGCUCUCCUUGGAUCCGGACUUGGCCAGAGAGACGGUCGCGGCUCUGCAGCAGGAGGUGGCCAGCUCUGUCGCCAGCCUGAUGCUCUUUGUCAGCAGGAAGUGGAGGUUCCGAGACUACCUGGAGGCCAACCUCAGCGCCAUCCGCAGCGCGGCCGACCGCGUGGAAGAAUCCUUGAGAGCGUUUCUGGAUUUUGCGCGCGGGGUCCGUGGGACCGCCUGUAACCUCAGCGACACGAACCUUCAGGCCAGGAUUAGGGACCAGCUACAGACCAUCUCCAGCUCCUACCAGAUCCUGCUUGGGACUAAGGAAAGCCUGGAUAGCUGCAAGUGGUCCUUGGAAGUCCUUGUGACGGACAAAGUCCAAAACAGCCCAGAUGAUCUCGAGCGAUUUGUCAUGGUGGCGCGGAUGGUUCCAGAAGACAUCAAGAGGUUUGCCUCCAUUGUCAUUGCCAAUGGGAGGCUCCUUUUCAAACAGAACUGUGAAAAGGAAGAUACCUUGCAGAUGACCCCCCAUGGACAACUGAAACCUGCAAAAUGCAUCCAGCUUCACCAAAGGGAAAUUGAACCAUAUGAAAGAAGUACUCUUUUUAAUAAACAAAAGGAAAAUGAACACUCCCCUGAGCUACUAAAGAAAAAUGGGACAAUUAUGUGUGAACCGAAGUCGUCUAACCUAGAAGAGACAGAAAAACCCAUCUUGGAAGGAAGGUCGGAUGAAGACAAAAACUGGGAAGGACAGAAUCCUAGCUCCCUCAUCCUGCAACCUUUGAGUCAGCAGAAUCCUGAGAAGAGAUUCCAACUUUCUGAACACUGUCGGCUCUAUUUUGGGGCGCUCUUCAAAGCCAUCAGCGUAUUUAACCACAGCCUCAGCAACAGCCAGCCUCCCGAGGUCUUCAUCACGCAGAGCAAGCUGGUCAUCAUGGUGGGGCAGAAGCUGGUGGACACGCUGUGCAAGGAGACCCAGGAGAGGGACGUGCGCAACGAGAUUCUUUGCGGCAGCAGUCACCUGUGCAGCCUGCUCAAGAACCUCGCGCUGGCCACCAAGCACGCCGUGCUCAAGUACCCCAGCCCUGCAGCCCUGGGGCACCUCCAGGCCGAGGCCCAGAAGCUGGAGCAACACGCUCGGCAAUUCAGAGGGACGUUAGAAUGAGCCUCCUUCCCCCUCCGUCUCCUCGUUAACCUCUUAGCCUCAGCUUUCCCAGCCCGACAUGCGCAACUCGGUCCUACAGGCAAAGCCAACCUGGGGAUGCACCAAUGAGUACACGCUGGUAUUAUCGAGUGGCUAAACAACCCCAGGACAUUGACUUAGCCCGGAGAGGUCCAGGUAUUAAGAAAGAACUUUGCGGAGUUUUUAGCAUAGCCUGUGGAGUCAGUGUAUGCAGGGAUGUUGUAGAAACCAAUUUUAUAUUGGUCAAAUGUAUGCCUGCCUUAAAAUCAUUCAUUCAGGACUUAUUAUUGGGCAUCUACUUAUGUCAGAUUCUAGGUGCUGGGCAUAUAGCUGUGAGCCAGAGACCUUGCCCUCAGGGAGCUGACAGUCUAGUGGCGAGAUAGACAAUAAGUAAUAAAGGAUUACAUGCGCAAGUUGUCAGGUGUUAGCAAGACAGUGAGGAGGAGGGACUGAUCCUCAAAUGAUGAAUUUCUGUUGCAUCCGUUAGCAGAUGUGAUAAGUUUUUCAUUUUGAAUUGAAUUAAGAUUUGGUACAAAUCAUGUACCUGCAUCUUAUACAACAUAUAUAUAUAUAUGCUAUUUUACCUUAACUGAGUUAAAGAUACACCUUAUAUUUACAACAUAACGUGUUCUGUUGGGUUCCUUAUUAAUUUAUUUUGUAUGUAAUAGUCUAUGUUGAUAAAUUCAGUAUGUUUACUCAGAAAAGGCUUGUAUUACAACAGUCGCCAAUCUGUGACCAUUUGUAAUGUUAUGUAAAUAUAAUCAUGAACUGAAGCAUUGUUUGUAGCAAUCCUCUCUUCGGAAAAGUUGGUGAUCCAUGUCACCCAGGUUCUGAUAUCAAAGCGAAGCCACCCAUGUUUGCUUUUCUUAUUCAAAUGUCUCUCCCCAAAGUGUGCAAGGAGAUACCAUAGAGGCCAGGUGCUCAUGCACGAGGCUAGUGCGGCAAAAACAAAGCCAUCACUCGUGGUGAGGCAAUGGGAGGUGUGGUGUGGACAGGAUACCCAUUGCUGGGCACAGAUCUGAAAGCGGUGCAGAGCUCCCCUCAAGUCAAACCACCUGCUCUUCCUCUCCUUGCGGCUGGGUCUGCAGCUCACGUUGCUAUGGUGACACCAUCUCUACUUUGCUUCAAGUGAAGGUCCAUGUCUCCUAUAUACAUCCCAGCCACCAAACACCUUUGUAACCUGGAACCAGCAUCCUCAGGCUGGAAGUUAUCUGAAAUGUCACCAGCCUGCCUGCUACUCUGCACUUAACAGGCACUUCUAAGUGGUUGACUGUUAGAAAGCUGCUUGUUUUCACCGAGUUGCUCCUAGGGUCUCUAAAGAAGGAUCGCAUCUUUGUGAAGCUUGCUGGGUUCUCUACACUAGAACAGAGAUGCCGCAUUCUUUGAACAGCUGUGAUCUGUAUUGGCAAGAACUCCUACUGCAGGUGAUCAAAAACCAUAUCCAACUUUUCUUAAGCAAUAAAGGAAAGUUAUUGACUCAAGUGUCUUAAAAUAACGCAGGGACAGACUGGCUUCAAGGACAGCUGGUGUGGGUGCCCAGUUUUUCAGUCCCACUUUCUCUGUGUUAACUCUCAUGAUUGCAAGGUGGCUGCCCCAGGUUAUGUCUUUCGUUUGUGGCUGGAAGAAAAGAAAGAGGCUUGAUUCUACUUGGCCUAACUUAGAGCAGGUGCCUGCCCCUGAAAUCCCCAGGACAAGGAGAAUAUAGUACUCAGGUUGACCUAGACUUGGGAUUCAUCCCUCCCCAUGUGUACAUGAAUGUGCGUGCAUACACACACACACACUCUCUCUCUCUCUCUCUCUCUCUCUCUCCCAUGUGUCCUGAGAGAGGGAAAGAAUAGCCCUGCCAAGAGCUAUGACAUGUCUGGGAUCCCCCUGCUUUAAAUUAACAAGUUAGCCUGCCACUUACAUGGAUAUUUCACGAAGACAUAAGAUUCUGGGGUCAACAACUAUGUCUGGGGUCCCCAAGACCAUGGCUGGUCCAGUGAUUCACAAGGAGGAAUCCCAAGACUUAGCCUUGUGUUCCUACUCAUGACUCUGAUCUAGUACAGUGAAAAGAGACAGCAGAGGGAAAAGCUCAAAGAGUUUGGUACAGAGGAAACCAGGCUGAAGUGGCCAAGAGUCCUCUCUCUGCGGUCACAAGGGGGCACUUUUAAUUCCCUCAGCAACAAACUGUGACAACAUCCAUGAGAUGUUGCCAGCCAGGGAAGGUCAUGAGAGCCUCACCUCCAGGACUCCAUGGGGUUGAUCGUGUCGGCAGUCUUUACAUAGUACAUUCCCGAAUUCAAGACUCUCCAAAGGCAAGCAUGUGUCCAGUAUGAACCACAUUGUGUGUACAAACAGUUUUGGCACGUGGACCCAUUCUCAACUCCAGGGAUGGUGGGAACCCUCCCCAGAUCUAAGUUUUUACAAACAACCAAAGGUCAUCCUGGCAAGCCAGCCUUUCUAAGAAUAUUAUUUAGGCUUGCUAUGUCAACUCUUCCACCCAGAGACAUGGGAUUUUCCUUACAGCCUUGCAAGCAGCUUAUGCUUAUAUCAUUUCCACCUCACCCCAUCUCCCAGGGCAGAGCAAAAGAAGGCACGUGUGAUAACGCUCGCACACUGAGUUUGUGCCAAAGCCGAAGAGCUUAGCACAGGCAGACCCAGUCUUUCCUAGCAGCCUCUGCGCAAACCUAACCAAGACUUGCCUUAGCGGCAGACAGGAUCUUUAUGAUACUGGACAGCAAGCAAACCUGCCUUUGUGCUCUGGAGAGAGACAUGAUCGCUGUCUUCUAAGACUGUUUGCUAAAAAUCACCUUGAAGGGGUAAUGCAGAACAAAAUUUCACCAACGCCUGUGCCGGAAGGACAUGCAGGGACAGGGACGGCGCAGGGAGGCACUAGUGCCUGUAUUCCAGCCCGCAAGAUGAUUUUUGCACCAUAGUAAUAACAGCACAUAUUUAUUAAGGGACUACUACAUUCCACAUCCUGUCUUAAUGCUUUAGCUGUUUUAACUCUUUUGGUCCCUCAUACGUGAGAGGCUCUAACAGGUAAUCAACAGAUCCCCAUUGCUUUCAGAAUACUAUCGAUGUAUGUACGCAGAUAGGCAGAUCAAUAUAUAUGGAGACAUAUCUGUCUACGUAACAUUUGGGGGGGUUCUCUGCAUGUAUUUUGAGAUGAGUUCAAACCAACCAAUUCAAGCCCUUGUUGAUAAAAUACAAAACCAUUGGGUUGAAAAUAAUGAAAGCUGCUGCUCCUAGCUAAAUGUGUUUCCUUCCCUUUUUUUGUUUUUUUUUUGUUUGUUUUUUUUAGGAAGGGCAGUUAUGAGAUGAGUUUCCUCUAAUUCGAUCGGAUAAUUGUUUCUGAAAAACACUGAAAAGUAAUAUCAGUUUUUAACUUUUAACAAUGUUUUGCUAAGUAGUUUUCUUUUAUGCCCAGAAUUCUGUGUCGCUUCCUCUCAAAGUAGGAAGAGGAAAUGGUGGGUGGUGUGGUGGUGAUAGCAACUUGACCUCAAUUAAGCUGAAUUUCAUCAGGAGGAUGGAAGUGGUGAAGGCCCUCGUUGAGAGAUCUUCUGUGUGACAAGCACCGGGGAGCUGUGUUUCUGGUUUGGGGGCAACUAGCCUUCUUUUUUUUUUUUUUUUAAUAAAACAUCUCUUUAAAAUUUCAUAUUCUCCCCAAGGAUCCACCCAGGUCUCCAAAUCUGUCCAUUUACAAAGAUUGCCCAUUUGUGUAGGUGGUUUGCUAAUGCCCUUUUCCUUUCUUUUAUUCCUUGAACAACUAUUUAUUGCACAUCUCCUAUCCACCGGGCCUCUACUGAUCACUAGAGCUGCUACAGGGGACAAACCACGGGUUCUGCACCUUCCAGCCUUCAUUCCAGCUGAGGGGGAUGGGAAUCCAGGGCCAGGGAGAGGUGGGAUGAGUGAGGCACUCUUCUUGAAUGCAAAACAUAAGGGGGUGCCCCAAACCUUUGUAAUCAAGAUACAUUGUAUUUUGAGGCAAUGUUUUAAAAAAUCACAACCAGUGCAAAGAAGUCCAUGUUAAACAAGAUACCAAAACUUAGAUUUAUAACAUGAGGUCAGUGGCGUAAGUGCAAUGAUGAAAUUCAAUCAAGGUGGUGGUAGUGGAUGGAGGAAUGGGGGGGGGGUGCUCUUUUACUGGGAGAUGUCAGGGAAGAAGCUCUACGGAUACACCCCCCACCCCUCCUGCCAGGAGCAGACACUGAGUCACUCAAGGGAGGCAAUCUGGAAACCAGUGGGAAAAGAGAGUUCCUGGAGAAGGAACAGCAAGGUAAGUACCCAGAAGUGGAAAUGAACCUGGAGCUCUCAAGGGAGAGAAGGGACCAAUGUGGCUGGAACCAAGAGAGGAAAGGGAACAUGGGUGAUAUCAGCUGGGAUGGGUAGCGAAAGGCCAGUUCAUGAAAGUCCUGUGUAUUCCUGAAAUACUUUUAAUGUUUCCCUAAAACUGAAAAUCAAAAGUAAUUGUUUUUGGUCUUGAAUUAUGUCUGGAUGAAUUACUUCCAGCUUUCCACUUUAUUUGACUUUAACCCUCUUUGGGACAUCCUCAGAAGUGUAACCGUAUGUGAUCAUUGUGAUACUCUCGAAGAAUCCUAACACACAAGCUUUUGUCAUUUUUUCAUGCUAACUCUUAAAAUGAGUCACUCUGCGUGCCUGCCUUGUCCAGACAGAAUCGUAAACUCCAGCUAUGGGAGAGCACUAUGGGAGGGCAGCUCUCACCCGAAAUCAAACCCUCAAUGUUCAGGAGGCUGAAACAUUUGGGAAAGAUUGUAACAAGCAGUAGGAGCGCUUCAAGUACUUGUUCUUAGCCUGCGCCUCAGCAGGGGAAGCAUGAAAUACAUAGAUGUGUAAACUGUAGCAAGAUUUUCUAUGUACUACUGGAUAUUUUUCUGGAGAGUAAGUCCAAAGUUUUCAUCAAAUUCUCUAUCAGGCCCAAUGACACCAAAGAGGUUAAGAAAUACUGGUUUUGCCAGAGGAUGAUGGUUUUCUCUUUCCUGGUUUUAUUCCUUUCCUGUCCUUUAAAUCCACAGUUCGACUGGGGCAAAGUUGUCACCAAAGAUCCUUGCAAGGGAAUAUCCUGCAUCGGUUCAUUCCGCAAAAACAGUGGAAAGUAACAGCAGCUAAUGACACCAGUGUGUCACCGUGCCUGGAACAAAACAGCUCAAGUCACAGAGCUGACACUCAGCCAGCUCUCAACACAAAUUAGUUGCUGUUGAUGAUAUUAACUCCUCAAACCUUAAGCUGUGUAUGGUCUGCAGCACAGAGUAGCCUAAAAACCAAUACUCUAAAUGAGGACACCAAGGAAAAAGAGAAAAAAAAAUCCAGCUGUCGGAGCUUCAGCAUCCACCCAGCUGGCCCUGCGGGGCACCACAGAAGCUUUUGGGGAGGGACUAAGGAACAUGGCAUAGUCACAAAAGCCUCAUCUGAGAAUGCCUCCUAACCUGCACUCCUUUUACUCAACUGCUGUGUGCCCCUGACCCAAGAUUGUACACCUCGGUCUCAGGUUUGUCAUUUGGGAAAUGGAAGGCAUUAUAUGCCCUAUGUCCUAAAUUACAAAGACAGAGGAAACAGUGCCUCCAAAUCCCCCAGUGGAGUCAUGGUUUAAUAAACAGUGGUUAUUUUUAUUUUAAUUUCUCCAAAUGAACUUGGUGAAGGGAAGAUUAAGCCGCCAGAAAAGAGCACUGGUUUGAAAGUCUGUCUAAAGAUCUUUGCAUUUAUGGUAUUCUGUAACCUGAUUUUCUGUCCUUCGGGGACAAAGGGAAGAAAACUAAUCUUGUAACCUAGUCUCAGCGCUCCCUCUUACUAGCUGUGGGACCUUGGCUAAGUCCCUUAAUUAUUCCUGGCUUUUAUUUCCUAACUUGUAAACGGAUUCUCAUAGCACUUACACCAGAUUUAGGGACUGCCAAAACUGGACUUGUCACCCUCCCUGAAUGUGUCUGUACUUCCUCUUGGUUUACUGAGGAUAUUGUGUCAAAGGUUCCACUCACCGAGGACACAACGGGGACUAAAGCGUAGUCCCUACCAUCACAGAGUUUACAAUUUCUGUGAGCGGCUUAAAAAAUAAAUCAUAAGGCAAUGAGAGACGAACUGAUUAAAGGGGUUAUAUUGUUUUAAUUCUCAUUCAUUGCAGUAAAAGAUAACGCAAUGUUA